AGCCAAAAAACAAAUUGAAUUCGUAGAUAAAGACUCCUCCUUUUCCUCUCCUGCCUCCUACGUUUUCAUCGUCGAAGCUGUUGUUCUUGUUCAGAGCUCUCUCUUCCCCCUCGACUUGCAGACAUUUGCACGCGCAAAGCCGUAGGAAUGCUGCUAUCUCUAUAUCCGACAUGCCCACAGUGUCAGCCGGGGUCUGAUUGAUUGCUCUUCUCUUGAAAACCAAUGCCGUGAGUGUCUUGUGGAUGCCUGUACCUGGGCUGUUCCAAUCUGUGAAACUCUGAAUGUUGGGUUGCAAGAUGUUUCGGAGCACAUCUGGGGCAGCCGAGCUGGAACAAUUCUACCCAGUGAGGCCGGAAUGCCGGAACGAUGUCCCCAAGCCUCGGUUUAAGCCCAGGGCGGGAAAGACUUUGAGUAUGAGGAAAUGGGAGUCUGCAUUUUCCGCAGACGGUCAUCUCGAUAUUGCAAGAGUGCUUAGAUGUAUCCAACGUGGGGGUGUUCACCCGGCAAUCAAAGGGGUUGUUUGGGAAUUCUUAUUGGGAUGCUUUGAUCCUGACAGCACUUUUGAUGAGAGGGAUAAAAUCAGGCAAGAAAGAAGGGAGAAAUACGGUAAAUGGAAGGCUGAAUGCCAGAAGAUGGCUCCAAUUAUUGGCACUGGGAGAAUAACUACAAGACCCAUCAUCAAUGAAGAUGGCACACCCCUGGAUGCUGAUAGGGUUUCUCUGCAUUGUGAUGGAGUUACACCCAUAGAUAAUGAUGAUGUCGUUGAUAAGAAAGUCCUGAAAUGGAAACUUAUUAUCCAUCAAAUUGGUUUGGAUGUUGUCCGCACUGACCGAGCUCUUGAAUUUUAUGAAAGUGAAGUCAAUCAGGGGAAGCUUUUUGACAUUCUUGCUGUAUAUGCUUGGAUGGACAAUGAUAUUGGAUAUGUCCAAGGAAUGAACGAUAUAUGCUCUCCAAUGGUGAUCCUGUUGGAACAUGAAGCUGAUGCAUUUUGGUGCUUUGAGCGAGCAAUGCGAAGACUGAGAGGAAACUUUAGGUGCACUACGAGUUCCAUAGGAGUGCAAUCUCAACUUUCAACUCUUUCGCAAAUCAUCAGGACCAUUGACCCGAAACUUCACCAGCACCUUGAGGAUCUCGACGGAGGGGAGUAUUUGUUUGCAUUUCGAAUGCUGAUGGUUCUAUUUAGACGAGAAUUUUCCUUUGUCGAUGCAUUGUACCUUUGGGAGCUUAUGUGGGCAAUGGAGUACAACCCAAACAUCUUCUCAUUGUACGAGGAGCCAAAACCUGCAACAGACACAAGUGCUGCACCAAUAGCACUGAAUGACAAGCUCCUCAAGCAGUACGGUAAGUUCGAGAGGAAGAAUGUGCAGACUGGGUGUGUGGACCAGCAGAGUGCUCUCGCUGUAUAUCUCGUUGCAAGCGUUCUCGAGGCCAAGAAUAAGAAACUCCUAAAGGAAGCUAAGGGACUUGAUGAUGUUGUUAAGAUUUUGGGUGAGACGACUAAGAAAUUGGAUGCCAAGAAAGCGUGUACUGAGGCCUUGAAGAUCCAGAAGAAGUACUUGCUCAAACAAAAGCAAUCUUAGGCCCUGAUUUUCUACCUUUACUUCCCGGAAAACCCAAAUAUUGAAGGCAUUGUGCAUGGGGCAUUACUGGUUUGUUGAUAGGCAAAUCCUGCUCGGCUUAUUUGAAGAUGUCGGUUCAACUCAAGGCUGCUUCAAGGAUGGUGUUUCUGGUCUGAGCAUGGAUCAUGACAAGAGAGCCCCAUGGAGUAAGCUCAUCCAGAACAGCCAAUUGAGAUUUACAGAGGAGGGAGUGAAUUUUGCAUUUACAUCUUAAUGAAUCUUUUGUACAUGUUUGGCCAACAAAUCUUUCUUCAGCAUUGCUUUGUUUUUACUAUAUCAAUUUGAAUGACUGGAAAUCUCUGAUAUGUUUUCCCUUUUUUUCUAAA